GAGGCAGUGUGGUUGGACACUCAUUCUCACUUAGACCCAUUUCCCAGCAAGCAGCAAAACCAUGGACUCCAACCUACAGGGAACCUUCCUACUCAACAACCAUUCUCUGCCCCCUUUCCCAGAGGUGAAAGCCCCCAUGUGCCAGUAUUCUGUGCAAAACUCCUUCUACAAGCUCAGUCCGCCGGGACUCAGCACCCAGCUGGCGGCUGGCACCCCGCACGGCAUCAGCGAUAUCCUAAGCAGACCCAUUGCUCCACCGAACAGCCUCCUCUCGGGGUACUCCCACGUCAGCGGAUUCAAUGGACUGGGCACCCAAAGUAUCUACUAUGGGUCCCAAGUGGGGAACUUCUCCAAAGCAGGGAGUGAAUACUCAGCCCGGGGCAGGAGCUACUGGGCAGACACAGGACAGGACUGGCACGGAGGUCGACCAUGUGGGAACCCCACAGGGCACAUGGGGGAUGGCCUCCACAAGAAGAAGCACACGCGGCCAACCUUCACGGGCCACCAGAUCUUUGCACUGGAGAAAACCUUUGAGCAGACCAAAUACUUGGCUGGGCCUGAGCGGGCACGACUGGCAUAUUCCCUUGGCAUGAGUGAAUCCCAGGUGAAGGUGUGGUUCCAGAACCGACGCACCAAAUGGAGGAAGAAGAGUGCCCUGGAGCCUUCAUCAUCCUCUCCCCAGGCAGGGGCUGGACCGGGCGAGCGUUCCAUCUCUGAUGAGGAUGAUGAAUAUAACAAGCCCCUGGACCCUGACUCGGAUGAUGAGAAGAUCCGUCUCCUCCUGCGCAAACAUCGGGCGGCCUUCUCUGUCGUAGGCCUUGGUUCUCACAGUGGCUGAGGGAGUCCUUUGCUGGUAGGGGAGAUACUUGUAGCCCAAAGUGGGUGGAGGCUGGAUCGGCAAGCUGGACUUGAGGGAUUCAUGAUGGGGGGGGAGGGCUGUUGCAGCCUGGACCCCUCAAGAGGCCCAUCCCAAAAGGAGGAGAAGCCACAACUCCCAGUUAGGGUUGUCAGCUCCCAAUUUGACUGCAUGCAGGUCUGAGGGUGAAGACAAAGGAAACAUUUUAACAGUGGGCACAGCAGGUCUUUUGGGCACAGUGUGAUCCUGGUCUCACAACUUGCCUUAAGUGUACACUCCAGCAAGUCCACUGUCAGU